AAAUUGGAGGCAGGGCAAAUAAGCACCCCGACCUCAUGUACCUUCUGGUCAUGCUUUACCAAAAACAGUUAUGCUGCUGAGCUGUCGUCCCGCGCUAUGAGCAGGAAGCUGUGCAGCGCAUGCAGCCCAGAGCUCUGGAGAGAAACAUGAGGUUGAACCAAUGAGGGGCCUUCUUUGGUCUAGACAGGGUGUUUGGAAACCGAAGGCUCUAUUUUUAAUUUCCUCGCCGAUCGCCUUGAGCAGGGCAAGGCAGUGUCUCUUCAUAAGCGGCAGACAAAAGUAUUUUACUCAAUCUCACUCUCCUCUUCCUGUGGCAGACCAGCAUGGCCAAAUAGGACACAUUAGGCCAAGAUCACGAUCCAGCAAACGCCCUCUUUCCUUUAUAAACUCUGGUAUCAACUAAUUAUUCUGCAUGUUUGUUACAUGUAUAACUUGCCAGUAAUUUUAAGAAGUGUACCUUCCCUCUGGCUGGAACAACAGGGAGAUUCCUGAUAUAUUUGCUGAAUGUGUCUGGUUCUUACCCUCGACUCCAGAAUCACUGACAAAGUAUAUUCACGGAGCAGUGGUGCCAAGACAUCAACACUGGACUGCCUUUUACUCAGGGCACUGGCUCAAACAGUCCAGUCAUGCUCUUCAAGAGGAAGUUGUGCCUGUUUGCUCUGUUUGGUGGGAUUCUCUUUGUCAUGAUUGCCACCCACACCAUUCAGAAGAACAACAUCCUGUCUUUGACUUUGAUGGAGAUCCAUGCCACCUCCAGGACUGUGCAAGGGCACGCUGUUAACCGAACAUGGGCUCCACCGAGUGCCACGGUGCCCAGCCCGGACAGGAUAUGUGGGUGUCCGUCCUGCAUAGCGGACAUGGAGGUCUCGGAGUGGUUCGCUCAGCACUAUGACCCCCAGCAACAGCCCUUUCUCACAGACGGAGACAACAACAUGGACCCCCUGGCCCUGAAGUGGUGGCUGGCUUUGCAGCGGUCCACCGAUGAGCAGACAAUAUACGAGGUGAUCCAGAAGAUGUUCCAGGUCAUCGCUCCCCCUGCCGUGGAUGUCCAACCCAAACAAGCUCAGUGCAGGAAGUGUGCAGUGGUGGGGAACUCAGGAAACCUGCUCGGCUCUCAAUACGGCUCCUUGAUAGACUCACAUAACAGUGUCAUAAGAAUGAAUAAAGCCACCACAGCAGGGUUUGAAGCCGACGUGGGCAACAGAACGACGCACCACUUCAUGUACCCUGAAAGUGCAGUGGACAUCGCCCCUGGGGUCCACCUCGUUCUGCUGCCCUUUAAACUCCGCGAUCUACAGUGGGUGGCCAGUGCCCUUUCGACGGGAGAGAUCAAAACGACAUACAUGAGGGUGAAAGGUCGAGUACAGGCUGACAAGGACAGGGUUAUAGUGGUGAAUCCAGCGUUCUUUAAGUACACCCACGACCGGUGGACAGAGCGCCAUGGCAGGUACCCUUCCACGGGCAUGCUGGCCGUUAUAUUUGCCCUUCACAUCUGCGAUGAGGUGUCUGUGUUUGGCUAUGGAGCUGACCAACAGGGGAACUGGCACCACUACUGGGAGGACAACAAGUACGCUGGUGCGUUUAGGAAAACUGGAGUGCACAAUGCUGAUUUUGAGACGGAGGUUAUCCAAAAGCUGGACACAGAGGGCAAAAUUAAGCUGCACAAGAGAUGAGAAUGAGCAAGGGUGGUGUGUACAGGACAAAGCCAUUAGUGUUGGGUGUGGUGGUCAGAGACCGUCAAAGAGGGACAUGAAACCUGUGAUGCGCCCUGGUCUCUGAAACUAGCACUGUGAGCUACACAUACAACCAAAACCACAAACAGAAGUCCUCAGACCAAAACAAGAACUUGAAUCAUGUAAUUUGAACAUGCACUGCAUGUCAACAGCAUAAUAUAUGGCCGAAAAGACAUUUUAACAGGGACGGAAAACCUCCACACAUGCACGUUUUAGACAGAUCAGGAAAACGAACAUAGAAAGUAUGCGGAGCGGCUUACGCUGAGCCAGCUUUCUUCCCUGUUCUGUACUUGUCGGCAUGCUGCACCGAACUAGCCUUAUACUGAAGAACCCUUCAAGAACCUGAGAGCCUUUGACUGAAGGGGUAAACCACAGAAUCCACAUUAAGGACAGAAGCCCUGUGUUGCAAGAGUGUAAAAACCACGGCAUGCUGCACCGAACUAGCCUUAUACUGAAGAACCCUUCAAGAACCUGAGAGCCUUUGACUGAAGGGGUAAACCACAGAAUCCACAUUAAGGACAGAAGCCCUGUGUUGCAAGAGUGUAAAAACCACAUCUGCGUGUAUUUCUCUUCUUUGUGAGGAUGGAAAAGGGCACAGUUAGAGUCAAAUUAAUUCAAGAAUUUAUACUGCAUUGGAACUAUAAGGAUUGGUUUAAUGUCUCUGUAGAAACAGUUUUGAGCUGCCAUAGUAGUCAAUUAAACCAUAUUAAUGUACAGCUUUCACACCCAAUUAUGUUGCCUAUUAUUAUGUUGCUCUAAACUUGAUCUAAUAACAUGUUUUAGAUGAUGGAAAUUUCACUUGUGUUGCCAUCCCAAGGAAUACAAAUUUUGAACGCUGUGUAAGGAGGGAACACACGAUGUGUGUCUGAUUCAUUUCUUAAAAAGAAUGAAUGCUUUAAUAAGAGAGAUUCCAGUGAUGUGCCUUCUGAGCCAGUUUAACAGGGAGUUUUGAUAACUUUUUUUAUAUGGAUGUAUGAACCUUUGUGUCAAUCAAAGAGUCCCGCUGUUAUUAGAGUUUGAUCUAUGACCACUAUUAGACAGUUGUGACCCGAUAAGUAAAAAUGAACACCUUCAAUUAAAACCAGAAACAAUCAAUGCAACUUUAAUAUCAUCAUUAACUGAACAUUAAGUUUGUUUGUUUCAAAGUCGGCUCCUAUUUUAAAUAAAAUCUCAAAACCAUUUAGGAUUUAAAAAAUAAAAGUAAAUUGGUACCCAAUACCAAAUUGGUACCCGAUACCAAGAAACCAUACCUUUUGUAUUUGUGAGUAUAUGUGUGAUUGACUAUGAUCUGUAGUGUCUUUAAAAAAAAAAAGCAUACUGAA